UGUGUCAGCUGGGUGUCCACUCCCAGUGAACGAUCUGCCUGUUCCGAGUCUCAGCUGCAGAAGCUUGCUGCUGAGCCUGGGUUCUGAACAGCCAGCCGGCUGGUAAAGUGCCUGUAACCGCGGGCUGUGAGUGGGUGUUGGUUUACACUUCCUGUUGUGCAGCCGGUGGGUGUGGAGUUACACUACCUUUGCUGAGUUUCCGGGUUCACCUGGAACAACCAGCGCCCCGGUUGAGCCGAGACAGACGGAGAGAUUCGCAGCCGCGAUAAUGUGCUCCCUGCGCCCAGGGCUCCUCAGCCUCCUGUCCUGUUCCCUCUGUUUGCUCCAGGUGAGCCGCGCCACAGAUAACCAGCAAUGCCUGAGCGACUACAUCCUGGGCCGGGAUGACUUCGUGCUGGACACCGAUGACUCGGUGGCUGACGGAGCCACUUUCCUGGGCUCCCCCAAUGUCAGCCGUGCCCGAGACUGUGUGAGAAUGUGCUGCCGGACCGCGGGCUGUAAUGUGGUCCUGCUGGAGGACCAGUUCCAGAAGAGCCAGCACGACCCCCUGCUCAGGCAGGUCAGCGGCUGCUUCCUGUUCAACUGCCUCUACAACCAGGUCUACGUCUGCAAGUUCUUCAGGAGAGAAGGCUUCAGUAACUUUAUACUGAACACUGUCCAUGAGGCCUACAUCAAACCAAGGAAACCCGGUGCAGGUGACAAGCUACCAAGGGCAAAUGCAGGAAGAGAUCGAAUUGUGCAGCCGAAUGAGCAAGUAAUAUUAAGUGGGUUGGCGAGCAGAGAUGACUUUAGAAUUGUCAGUUUUGAUUGGAAUCUCCUUGCCGGAGAUCCCUCUGUGAAGUUAGAGAAAACUGAACAUCAGGAUGAGCAGCUGGUGUCUAACUUGAAGGUGGGACAGUAUGUCUUUCAACUGACUGUCACAGACACUGCUGGCCAGAAGACCACUGACGAUAUGUCCAUCACCGUCCUCUCUCCUGAACAAUCAGAGGAAUACUGUAAAGCAGACAAGAAGGUGGGGCCUUGCCGAGGGUCCUUUCCUCGCUGGCACUACGAAGCCAACAAGGGGAGCUGCGAGCCCUUCACCUACGGUGGCUGCAAGGGCAACAAGAACAACUUUGUGGGCGAGACAGAAUGCAAGCAGGCGUGCAGCGGUGUCAAAGCAGACAAAAAGUCUUCAGGCAGAUCAGGCUUGCCACAAUGCACAGGGAACUGCCAUGAGAACCAGUUCAAGUGCAAUGAUGACUGCUGCAUUGAUAGCAACCUAGAGUGUGAUGAAACUCCACAUUGCAAAGAUAAAUCAGAUGAGGCCAGCUGCAAACACAUAAGGGAACGAUUCAACAAACUGCUGGACAUAGACAUCCCCAAGGAGAAAGCUCGCUGUGUGUACCCACCCAUCACUGGCCGCUGCCGGGCCGACUUCAGCCGUUUUUACUACAACCCAUAUACCAGCUCCUGCGAGCGCUUCACAUACGGAGGCUGUGACGGCAACGAGAACCGCUUUGAAACGGUGGAGGAAUGUGUGGCUGCCUGCAGGGGAGUGACAGGAAAGGAUGUGUUUUCCCGGGGCCUGUUUGAAAGGCAGAAAGAGGAAAAAUCUUCAAAUACUGGCGUUGCCAUUGCUGUGGUCCUGGCCAUCUGUAUCGCUGUGGUACUAGCCCUUGUGGUCUACUACCUGCUGAAGAUGAAGAAGCAGAACCACCGGCAAGCGAGUCUGCCCAGUUCCACCGAUUCCACGGAUGAAGCAAAAAAGCUGGUGGCAUUGAAUUCGAAACCGGUCUGAGGCAGGCAGUGGCAAUGAUCAUCCAUUUAAGACAAUGGGUAGA